AUGACAGAAAUUGUAGCUCAAGAUGCUAAUAAUACUAUUGUAUCAGUUUCAUUAAAUGAUGUUGUUGAUAAUAAAGAAGAAGAAGGAGUUGUAUCAACCAAUAAUAUACUAGAUGAGAUAAAUACAUCUAUAACUAGUCAUACAAAAUCACCAUCAAUAUCUUCAAUUUCAUCUAUUGAGACUAAUACAUCAACUGAUAAACUUAUACAUUCACUUUCAUCAACAAAAUUAAAUAAAGAUGAACCGACGGGUACAAAUACAAACUCAACCAAAGACACAACUACAAACACAACCACCACCCUAGAAACGACAUCAAAUAGACCUGCUUUAGCUACAACUAACGACAACAAGCCCAAUAAAAUCCCACAAUCAGUUGCUUCAAAAACAAAUUUUUAUAAUGAUUUAAAUCAAAAAAAUCAACAACAAACACAACUACCUCAAAAGAAAAAACCAAUAAAAUUUACUGUAAGAAAAGUUUCACAUGAACCAAUUAAUAUUACUUCACCAUCAUUAUCAUCAUCAAAUUCUUCACCAUCAACUUCAAGAAAUACAACACCUACAUCAACUACAUUCAAAAAUCAUUCAACUAAAUCUAAUACAACUACAAACUCGGCUCCUCACCAGCAAAAUGAUCCUUCAAUCACAAAUUCAGAAAAAUUAAAAAAAUCACAACAAAAAUAUGAUCAAUAUGAACACAAGAUAAUAAAAAUUGAAAAAGAAAUUGAAUUUUUAAAAAAAUUAUUACCGCCUUUUAAUGUUGAAAUAAAUUAUGAAACAAGAAUUAAAAUAAAUAAAGCAAUUGAAAAAUUAAAUUCCAAAAAGGAAGAAAUUAUAAUGAAAAAAUAUAAAUUGGGAAUUUUAAUUAGCAGAAUUUGGAGAAAUUAUGAAGAAAAUAGUGAAAUUUGGGUUAGAAAAUUUGAUUAA